AUGUCUUUUCUCAAGUCUGUUUUGAAUGACUCUCUCAUCAUUCAUCCUCCAGGCUUCUAUAUCAUUGGGUUUGAGACUUUUCCCUUCAUCAGUGUCUACUUGAUCUUUCUCUCGUUUGUUUAUGUGAUCACAGUGCUGUCCAAUAGUUUGGUGAUCUGUGUCAUUUUCUUCAAUCGUUGUUUACACACUCCAAAAUUUCUGGCUGUGGUUAACCUUGCAGUAAUUGAUGUUAUCUUGAACACAUGCACUAUUCCCAGCAUGAUAAAGAUAUUCCUCGUUAAAGACAACUUUAUUCCAUUCAACCUCUGUAUGUUACAAAUGUUUGUCUACUAUUCUUUUGUGUCUUUGGAGUCAUAUGCACUUGCUAUACUUGCCUAUGACAGGUUGGUUGCAAUAUGUUUCCCUCUGCGUCACAACUCGAUCAACACAAUGCGGAGCAUGUCAUGGAUUGUCAGCCUGACUUGGUUUUUUGUUCUAGGAGUAAACGCAUUCACAACAGGUAUAAUGACUCGGCUGUCUUUUUGUAAUUCUGUCAGAGUGUUUAGCUAUUUCUGUGACUAUGCGCCUGUAUUCAGGCUCGCCUGUAAUGAUUUUUCAAUGCAGUGGUUUGCAGCUUCCUUCCUUACCAUUUUGAUACUUGCAGUACCCUUUGCUUUUAUUCUACUGUCUUAUAUGUGCAUUCUGGUGACCGUAUUCAGGAUGAAAUCUUUAGACAGUCGUGUGAAAGCUCUGGCCACUUGUGUAGAGCAUAUCAUCCUUGUUGCUGUGUUUUACAUUCCUCUUCUUAGCAUAUUCACUAUUGGGUUUUAUCUGGGUCUGAUCGACCCGGACCAGCGUGUGCUGAGUCUGUCGAUGGCCUCUUGCAUCCCACCUUGUGUCAAUCCUCUCAUAUAUUCUUUGAAAACCAAAGAGAUCAAAAUCAGAGUUCUGGCGCUGGUAAACAUUUUAAAUUCAAUAAAUCCCCUCAAGAGUCUACAUUUUUUGCAGCUGCUUCACAAUAAAGGCCUUCAGUAA